CAGAGAGGUCGGGCGCGGUUGCCGUGGCAGCGCCUGCCCGAGGGAGGGCGGCGGCGCGGGGCCAGGACCCCGGCGGGCAGAGGCGGCGACUGGGCCACCCGAGAGUGUGCGGCGGGGCAGCUGAGCGGCGGGCGCCCCGCCCUACUAGCCGGUGGGGAUGCGGGACCGGCUGGCCGAACUCACGGCGUGUAGCAAAAACGAUGAUGGAGACACUGCUGCCGUCGUCGUCGUUGAAAAGGACCAUUUCAUGGAUGAUUUCUUCCAUCAGGUGGAGGAGAUUCGGAGCAGCAUAGCCAAAAUUGCUCAGUACGUGGAAGACGUAAAGAAAAACCAUAGCAUCAUCCUUUCUGCUCCAAACCCAGAAGGAAAAAUAAAAGAAGAGCUGGAAGACCUGAACAAAGAGAUCAAGAAAACUGCUAACAGGAUUCGAGGCAGGCUGAAGUCUAUCGAGCAGAGUUGUGAUCAGGAUGAGAGCGGGAACCGAACAUCAGUGGAUCUGAGGAUACGAAGGACUCAGCACUCAGUGCUGUCUCGGAAAUUUGUGGAUGUCAUGACAGAGUACAAUGAAGCACAGAUCCUGUUUCGGGAGCGAAGCAAAGGUCGCAUCCAGCGCCAGCUAGAGAUCACUGGGAGGACCACUACUGACGAUGAGCUGGAGGAGAUGCUGGAGAGCGGGAAGCCUUCCGUCUUCAUCUCGGAUAUCAUAUCAGAUUCACAGAUUACUAGGCAAGCCCUCAACGAGAUCGAGUCCCGCCACAAAGACAUCAUGAAGCUGGAGACCAGCAUCCGAGAGCUGCAUGAGAUGUUCAUGGACAUGGCAAUGUUUGUGGAGACUCAGGGUGAAAUGGUCAACAACAUUGAGAGAAAUGUGAUGAACGCUGCAGACUACGUUGAACAUGCCAAGGAAGAAACCAAGAAAGCCAUCAAAUACCAGAGCAAAGCCAGGCGGAAAAAGUGGAUAAUUGCUGCUGUGGUGGUGGCUGUCAUUGCUGUCCUGGCUCUAAUCAUUGGCUUGUCGGUUGGCAAAUGAUUGCGUAGAUGGCGCAGGGUGCUUGCCUCUCCCUCAGGGUGGCAAAGGUGAUGUUCAUCCUCAUUUGUGUAGUCACUUUGCUUGUGAUCCUCGGAAUUAUCUUAGCAACAGCAUUGUUAUAGCAGCCACACCCCAAGAGCUCUCUGUCGUCAGGGACUCGACCACACCUGCAGCAGAGUCAGUGUCCUGCCCUUCCACAUGGGAACCUCAGACCCCAGAGCUCAUGCCGAGUGCUGAGGUUUUCACUGGUGAUGAAGAAUAAAGCACUGCGGAGGUUUUGUACCACGAAACACCAUGAGCUGAGUGGCUGCAGCAUGCCAGCCCAGAUAGCCUCGAUCUCUCUGAAGGACACCACAGAGAUUUCACAAUGGUGGCCUUGUCUCGGCAGCCUUGAAAUAGGAAUGAUUGAAAAAAAAAAAAUCUAACUUUUAUAAAAAUGUCAGUGUUAAAAAUGUGUAUGCAGUUUAAUUAGGGUGUGCUCCGAGCUCUCAGCUGACAGCGCUCACGAAGAGACUUUGUACCGGGCCUGAUUUCUGUUCAUGUCUUGCUUGCAGAAUCAUCACAGAACUAUUUUGUAAGGUAUCUGUAAUUUUAAAUAUCUAUAAGUUAAAUUCCUUAAUAUAUUAACAUCAACCUUCCCCCCCCCCUUCUAAGCUAGACACUGCCUUGUGAAGGACAAUGGGCCAGCCCUAGGCAGCUGUGUUCAGGCUCUGUUGUCACUGAAACACAGCCUCGCAGCCCCUCAGGGCCCUCCUUCAGUGCCUUCUGGUGACCCUGGCCCAGGAAGUGUAAGGAUCUGCAGAGUUGAUUGUUGUUAGCUCAUUUCUACCUGCUUCACUGCGGAGGUGACAAGCAGUCACACGCUGCGCUCCCGUCACACUCUUCCUUGUUCACUCGUGCCCGUGGAGUCUUCAAGGCAAGACGAUGACGGAGCCAAGACUUGGUGCUCACUGAACUCAGCGGAAUUGCCCCAGGUGCAAAGCCACUCUUGGACAACAUCUGAAGGACCAGAUUGUCAUUGUCAAUUGAACACCUGCUCAUGCCCAGAGUUCCUAGAAAACUAUGAUGUAUGGUAUAAAGAUGUGGCUGGUGAGCAUUGUGAAUAAGGUGGCCCAGUGACUGCAUAUCUGUUGAGCCUGAGUAUGUGAAAGUCACCAAGCCUAGUGAAUUCUGCCGACUGCUGCAUGUGUGUAUGAAUGUGCGCUCUAUCCCAGCCUCACUUGGUCUGAUCUGAUACAGCCUGUGUGAGAGAUACUCAACUGUCUAGAAACCGUCAACCUUAGAGUGGUGCCUGUCACUCAUUCACCUGCUCAUACCUUCCAGCCUGACACCCCCUGUGCCGAGAGCUACUGCAGGAGGCUGGGCUGUGUGUCCUGGUCCAGAGCUAGCCUAGGAUGAAGACACUCCUGCCUGGAAGCUCCCACUUCCUGCCUGGAAGCUCCAGCUUCCUGUCUGGAAGCACUCUGAAAGCGCUGAAGAGGAAGGCGUGCUUGUGCAGCCCCCACACUCUGCUUCAGUGCCGUCGGAUUUAGCUGCAGAGGACCUGCACACCAGCGAGGUCCCCACCACUCGUGUCCAGGUCUCCGAGUUCAGCCUGAGUCCUUGGCCUGUGAUGUCUUCACUCUCUGCUCAGGUGGCCUCUUGACCAGGUGGCUGGGUCUGGUUUUCUAGUGAAGCAGGGUUGUGUGGGUGAGUGAGUCAGCACUCAGGAUAUGUUUCUAUGCUGACUUCAUAGCCUGUUUAAAAAUAACAUUUACAGAUUCUCUUGUUACUUUUUCCAACAGUUUCUUCAAACAUUUUGUGUUUACAUUAAAAAGUUCUCAGAGACACAAACGAGAA